UUUAGGGGUACGUAACGGAGAAAAUAACUGUUGUAAAAAAUGGAUAAAAAGCACAAAGAUUUGUUGAGAAAGAACAGGAUGACACUAGUGGAAGACUUGGAAGCUACCCAGCUUUCCAAUUAUUUAUAUCAGGAGGGAGUUAUAUCGGAAAAUGAUGUGGAAACCAUCAAGGCAAAACCCACACGUCGAGCUCAAGCGGAAAAGCUUCUGGACAUUCUUCCUCGCCGUGGACCGAAAGCUUUUGACGUGUUUUGCCGAGCUCUUGACGAAACUGACGGACAAGGCCACCUUUUAGAUUUAUUGAGGCCGAAUGAAUCAUCUGCCUCUGGAGCAGUGUCAAGUUCAACCCAGGAUGGAAAUAGAGGCAGCCUCUCACUGGAGCGAAGUGACGGCACCAGACCAAUUGAUCCAGAGCAAGUGGCUAUCAAGUCCAAUGCCUCUACUUCAUCGAAUGAUAAGAAGAAUGCUGAGCGUGGUUUUGAUGAUGAUAAUGACUUGGUUUACUCCAUGAAGUGUAAACCUCAUGGCUUGUGUUUGAUCAUCAACAACGUAGACUUUGAGUACCUUAGCAGAAGAGGUGGCUCUGAUGUGGAUGCUAAAAAACUUGACGAGUUGUUUACUAAACUUCAGUACACAGUUAAAAUGGUCAGAAAUCAGUCUUCAAAACAGCUCAAAGAAACUCUAUUCCAGUUUGCAAAAUUGAAUGACCAUGAAAUGGCAGAUUCUGUUGUUGUCUGUCUCCUUAGUCAUGGGUUGGAAGGGCAGAUUUAUGGUGUGGAUGGAGUGCUUGUGUCGAUUCCAGAUCUUCUGGCAUUGUUCAAUGGUUAUGCAGCGAAAGAUCUUAUUGGGAAACCAAAAAUGUUUUUUAUCCAAGCUUGUCGCGGAAGUGAUUUUGAUCGAGGAGUGGAUGUGAUUGAUAGUGGGCAUGUGUCUCCCAUAGAAGCUCCACUGACUGAGGCAAAUGCAGGCUUUCCUCGCACAGCUGUACCAGACGUUCAACCUAAGACAAUUAAACCAGAGCCAGACCCAGAACCAGAAACGCUGCCUGCUGAAGCAGACAUGUUGGUUGCAUACUCUACUGUUCCGGGAUAUGUGUCUUGGAACAAUUUGGCCAAAGGUUCCUGGUUUGUCCAAGCUAUAGCUGAUAUUUUUAGUGCUUAUGCCCAUACUGAAGAUGUUGUCAGCAUGUUGAUCAGAGUAAACCAUAAAGUUGCAAGGGAGUUUGAGUCAUACAAUAGAAAGAAACAAAUUCCAGCACCUGUAAUCAUGUUGACUAAAAAAGUUUUCUUUUUCCCUCAACAGCAGGCUGGAAAGUAGAAUGCCUUAAGUGGAACUUUGAUUUAGGUAGAGGAGAACAUUUUUCUAUUUUUUACAGAAGAGGCUUUUAAAAAAAAAAACAAAAAAAAACAGUUUUAAGGUGACUGCUUAUGUGAUCAAUGCUGAAAGGAAAAUGAUUCAAAAGUUGAACUGAUAAGUUUUGGUAAUACCCACCAUAGAAUGAUGACAUAUUUGAACUGCAUCAAAUGGCUGAAGUCCAGAAACCACUAAUGAAGUGAUAGAAUAAGUUACAGCUGUUGGAGAUAAGUUUGCAGUGAUUAUUACUUGAAUAUAUCAACAAAGUUGAAAUGGUAAAUUGGCCACUGUUAUGAUUAUAAAAGCUGAUGUUUCGAGCA